AUGAGAUUGAAGGUUUUAGGAGCAGUACUGCUGCAGUCGUUUCUGUCGACAGCAGCCGCUGGCUCUUCUGGGAAGAAUGAUCGCAUUACCAGUGCCUUGAAUAGGCAUCGCGGCGGCCAUGAGUCACCUUCGGGCACAGGAAAUGCCACAAAUUCAUACCAGACGAGAUUCGACGGAGUAACAUGGGAUGACAACAAUUGGAUCCUGCAAACCACUGCUUUCGACCAAGGACGUUACCAGGCGCGUGGCUCGGUUGCCAACGGAUACCUUGGCAUCAGCGUGGCCAGUCUCGGGCCCUUCUUUGAAAUCGAUCGCGAGGAUAACGGUAACGAGAUUAGUGGCUGGCCCCUCUUUUCAAGACGGCAAAGCUUUGCAACAAUUGCCGGCUUUUACGACUCCCAGCCCACCACUAACUCAACGAACUUCCCAUGGCUGUACCAAUAUGGAUGGGACAGCGUGAUCAGUGGCUUGCCGCACUGGGCCGGACUCAUUCUCGACCUGGGUGACGGAAAUUACUUGGAUGCUACCGUGGACAACAAGACCAUCAAUGAUUUCAAUUCUGCCUACGAUUUCAAGGCAGGUGUCUUGACGUGGUCCUAUAGCUGGGCUCCGAAGAGCGACAAGGGAUCAUUUGACAUCAAGUAUCGACUCUUCGCGAACAAGCUCAAUGUCACUCAGGCGGUGGUCGAUAUGGAAAUCACCCCCUCUCGGAACACAAAUGCUACGGUGGUCAACCUCAUUGAUGGCAGAUCGGCCGUGCGCACGGAUUUCGCGGAAUCGGGACAAGACGACCACGCUAUCUUCACGGCUGUUCGGCCCUGGGGGAUUUCCAAUGUCACAGCUUACGUAUAUGCCAACUUGACAGCCUCUGCCGGGGUUGACCUGACGACGCGCACUGCUAUCAAAGACAAGCCCUAUGUGAGCGCAAAUGCAUCCUCAAUCGCACAAGGCGUCAAUGUCAAAUUUGCAGCGAAUCAAACCGUACGCGUCACUAAGUUCGUUGGGGCCGCGUCCUCCGAUGCUUUUGAAAAUCCACGAAAAAUCGCCAAGCAAGCGGUAUCUGCAGCAUUGGCUGCGGGCUACCAAAAGUCACUCCAGUCGCAUGUAUCAGAGUGGGCUACUAUUAUGCCUGAUAGCUCGGUCGAUCAUUUCGUCGACCCCAAGACCGGCAAGCUGCCCCAAGAUGACCACGUGCUCGAUUCAGCAAUCGUCUCGGUCGCGAAUGUGUACUACCUGUUGCAGAGCACUGUUGGCAAGAAUGGAAUUGCAGCAGUCGCGGGAGCCCCGGUGAAUGACUACAGCAUCUCGGUCGGUGGACUGACUUCUGAUUCCUACGCCGGACAAGUCUUCUGGGAUGCCGACGUGUGGAUGCAGCCGGGGCUUGUCGCCUCCCAUCCAGAGGCUGCUCAGCGUGUGACCAACUACCGCGUGGCGAAGUUUGGACAGGCAAAGGAGAAUAUCAAGACAUCGUUUGCUGGCGCGAAGAAUCGUACCAGAUUCGAGCCCUCGACGGCAAUCUAUCCCUGGACGAGCGGUCGGUUCGGUAACUGCACGGCUACUGGGCCUUGUUGGGACUAUCAGUAUCAUUUGAACGGAGAUAUAGGGCUCUCGAUGAUAUAUGAGUGGGUUGCGAGUGGCGAUACGCAGCAUUUCCUAGACGAGCAUUUCCCGAUUUAUGAUUCCGUGGCGACAUUAUACUCAAACUUGGUGGAGCGCAAUGGGUCAUCUUGGACUUUGACGAAUAUGACCGACCCUGAUGAAUACGCAAAUCACAUCGAUGCUGGUGGCUUCACGAUGGCGCUGAUAUCGGAGACACUGGACAACGCCAAUGCAUUCCGCCAGCAAUUCGAUAUGGAGGCUAACGAAACCUGGUCUGAGAUGGCUCAAAAUGUGCUGAUGCUUCAGGAGGACGGAGUGACACUUGAGUAUACCUCGAUGAAUGGAACCGCUGUGGUCAAACAAGCGGAUAUUGUGCUCAUCACAUAUCCUCUGGCCUACGACAACUAUAGUGCCGAAACGGCGCUGAGUGAUCUUGACUACUACGCCAACAAGCAAUCGGCCGACGGUCCAGCCAUGACCUGGGCGAUAUUCUCCAUCGUCGCCAACGACAUCUCGCCCUCCGGUUGUUCAGCAUACACCUACCAUCAAUACUCCUUCGACCCCUACGUCCGGCCCCCAUUCUACCAGAUGUCCGAGCAGAUGAUCGACGACGCCAGCAUCAACGGCGGCACCCGGCCUGCCUUCCCCUUCCUGACGGGCCACGGCGGCGCCAACCAAGUCGCCAUCUUCGGCUACCUCGGUUUGCGCCUCCUCCCCGACGAAGCCAUCCACAUCGACCCGAACCUUCCCCCCCAGAUCCCCUACAUCACCUACCGCACUUUCUACUGGCGCGGAUGGCCCAUCUCCGCCGCCUCCAACUACACGCACACCACGAUCCGUCGCGCCACCGACACUCCUGCCCUUAAGACGGCUGACCCCCGCUUCGCCAACUCCUCCAUCCCCGUGCACGUUGGCCUGGACUCCCCCAGCAACACGACCAUCCACACUCUGCCCCGAUCGGCCCCCUUGACGAUCCGAAACCGGCAAAUCGGCACCAUCCCCACCGUCGACCAGAACAUUGCGCAAUGCCGCCCCGUCUCCUCCCCAUCCGACUUCGAAGCCGGGCAAUUCCCCAUCUCCGCCGUGGACGGCGCCUCGUCCACCAAAUGGCAGCCCUCGUCCUCAUCCCUUACCUCCCUCACCGUAACACUCUCCCUUUCCGAGCACGACCGCGUCUCCCCGGCCCAAGUCCAGGGCUUCUACUUCGACUGGGCCCAGACACCUCCUGUCAACGCAACCGUCAUCUUCCAUGACGAGAUUAUCGAAAACCCGGCGGCUUUGUUCACAUCCAGUUCCACUUCCAAUUCUACCAAAAGCUACAGCGUGGUCACCCACCUCUCCAACAUCGCCCUCUCGAAACCAUGGCUCGCCACUGAAGAUUAUAACCAAGUGUCCAUCCCCGUUGGAAACACGACGCACAUCGAGCUCGACCAGCCCGUGCAGACGACGAGAUUCGCGACGUUGCUGAUAGUAGGGAACCAGGGUCUGAGCGCCAGUCAAGGUGAAGGCAAAGAAGGAGAAAAGAAAGAAGAAGAUGUAGGAGCGACGGUAGCCGAGUGGGCGAUUCUAGGACCGAAGCCGAAGAGUGGCAAGAAGAAUGCGCACGAGCAUGAUGGCGCGAAGGAAUUAGAGAGACGGAAAUUAAAGGUAAAGGAUGUGGCCUGGUUGGAGAGACGACAGAGGAAGUUGUAA